AUGACGGAUCUUCCCCCUCUCAAGCUUGAUCUGGGCGAGCUAUCUAGAGUAGAUGGGUCGGCUAGGUUUGCUUCAGGGAGUGUCAUCGCUCUGGCCUCCGUGACAGGACCUAUUGAUGUCAGGAGUGGAUGGGAGAAGCCGGAAGAGGCAUUUUUGGAGGUGAAUGUCAGGCCCUUAGAAGGUGUUCCAGGUACUCAGGCGAAAUCGAUCGCUCAGACGCUGAAAUCUGCUCUCACUCCAUCCCUCUUGCUUGGACGAGCACCACGCACGCUCAUUCAACUCACCCUACAAGCACUCUCUCCUUCCUCGCUCCCUUCGAACUUUGCACAACCCCAAAUAUCCUUAUGUGGAAAAGCGGCGAUGAUGAAUGCUGCUACGGCCGCGUUCCUCGACGCGGGUAGCGUGAGCAUGCGUGGCAUUGUAUGCGCCUGUGCGGUUGGCACCAGGAACGGUGGACUUGUGCUUGACCCGACAGAGAAAGAGGAAACGGGUGCUUUUGGGUUCUUAUUUCGCGGAACAGUGUCCGGGGAGCUGGUAUGGGCUGAAUGGGAAGGGGAAGAGGGAGACUGGGAGAAGGUCGCGAGAGAGGCACGGACGGGCGCCGAGAUCGUAAGAGAUUUCAUCAGAGCGCAGUUUGAGCGAGCAGCAGGUCUUGCGCAGGAGGACGAGGUGAUGAUAUAGCGCAGAUCUGGGUAAUAAACAUUAACAUGUAACACUAUCUAAAUAUGUACACAGCGCAUAAUAGCAUUGGCUCGCAUCGUCCGG